AUGUCUCCAUACGAAGCCUUGUAUGGGAGACCAUGCCGGACUCCGUUAUGUUGGACGGAGGUUGGAGAAAGAAGGGUAUUUGGACCGCCGAUAGUAGACCAUACCAUGGACAGACUAUUAGAGAUCGGAACCAACAUGAAGAAAGCUCAAGAUCGUCAGAAGAAGUACGCAGAUCAAAAGAGGAGAGAAGUUACAUUUGAAACCGGAGAUAUGGUGUUGAUGAUAGGAUUUGUGAGUGGGUGUGAAAGAUAUGAUAUGAAAUGUGGUGGAAUGCAACAGUGGUAUAUAAGAUGA